GAUUUGUUGCCGGUAGCAAUGGACGGGAAGAUAUUUUCCAUAUUGUUCCUUGUGCUAUCUCCUGUGCUUAUUUCAGCAUGGACCGCUUCAAGAGAAGAGAGGAGGGACAGAGAGAGAAUGCACGACCGGGACGCAUCAAUCCAUCGGAGAAGCAUCCACUACCACUCGAAGAGACACAUGCUGCCUGAACCAGAUGCCAAGAGAAGAGUUACUACGCCACGAACAAGAGAGUUUAGGAAGAAGCCGUCAGGCCAUUUGACUCCCUUAGAAGAAGAUGACAUCGACAAUGAUGAAGUGAUAUCCGUCGCCAUCGGUCCUCCUCCAAUCCGACCGAAAUACGACAAAGUCCACUGGAAGCACCCUCCCAAGACAGUCACACACAACGUAUCAAACUCCACAGCGUCCAACAUCGUGAAAGACGUAAUCGUGCAACUAGGAAGAGAAUUCCUAUCCAGACAAGUGAGUGAAGACUUUGUUUUCGGACAAUACGUUGGCAAUGCAAUGAAGAAUCUAUCAGGAGAAAUUAAACUGCGUAUGCAACAUGAAGUUUUGGAACUUAUAGUGAAGUACCAGAAGAUGAAUCGAGGUGAACCUGCUAAGCCAGACGAAAAGAAUUCCAAUGUUAACAAUAGUAUUAACAAUAGUAAUCCUAUGCCAAUACUAAAAGAUAUGAAGAUAGAAAAAAAGUUUACGCCUGCUAAUGACACUGAGGACACAUGGCCUGAUUUCUCGAACCUAGCUAAGAUUGUCGGUUAA